AGUACAUCGCCCUGCUGGGCGCGAAGCCGACGGACCAGUUCGUGAUGCCGGUGCCCUCGUUCAACGUCAUCAACGGCGGCAGCCACGCCGGGAACCGGCUCGCGUGCCAGGAGUUCAUGAUCCUGCCCACCGGCUGCUCCACAUUCAAGGAGGCGAUGAUCGUGGGGGCCGAGGUGUACCACACCCUGAAGGGUUGCAUCAAGAAGAAGUACGGGCAGGACGCGUGCAACGUGGGCGACGAGGGCGGCUUCGCCCCGAGCGUGCAGGACAACGACGAGGCUCUUGACGUCUUGAUGGACGCCAUCGAGAAGUCUGGCCACAAGGACAAGGUGAAGAUCGGCACCGACGUGGCCGCUUCUGAGUUCUACGACGACAAGGCCGCCCGCGCGCGAGGGAGGAUCUCGGAGCUGGAGUUGCUCGCGCCACUGGCAGCGCCUCCCCUUGGGGCCACGGCGGGCUACCAGAACUGGCUGAGCAAAUACCCGCUGGUGUCGAUCGAGGACCCGUUCGACCAGGACGAUUGGGACGCGUACAAGCUGUUCAUGGAUGCCGUGGGCAAGGACGUGCAGGUCGUUGGGGACGACCUGCUGGUGACCAACCCCAAGCGCAUCGCAAAGGGCAUGGAAGGCCGUGGUUGCUCAGAGCCUCUGUUUCGGCCGUUGGCGGGAGUGGAGAUCCAGGAGGUUGGACGGCUCCAUCCUCCCACCGCCCUCAUCAUCGCUCCUCAUUGGGACGGGUGGGUCGGGUGGGGGGGGAGGGAGGACGUGAGUUGCUGGUCCUUGUGGGGGUACGUGCCUAUGUGCUGUCCGCCCUUCGUGCGGAUCGCACCCGUUGAGGGGCCCAGCAUGGGCAUGGCCCGAUAUCAUUGUCGCAAUGCGACGCCCAGAAGCGUUCACGGCACACCCCUUAGUGUGAGUAGGUUCUUUCCCAGGGCCACUUUGAUGUCCCGGUUAACUGGUACUACACCACAACCAUAA